AUGUCAUUUAAAUAUUUAAAGCAGGAUGAAGCAAUUAAAAUUGAUCAAGAAUUAUUUUCAACAUAUGGAUUUUCUGUUGAUCAAUUAAUGGAGUUAGCUGGAUUAGCUUCAGCUCAAUCUGUAGUUGCUCAUUACGAAAAUACUUUAUUGUCUGAUAAGAACAAUGAAAUUUUAGUUAUUUGUGGACCAGGAAAUAAUGGAGGUGAUGGUUUAGUUUGUGCAAGACAUCUCAAAAUAUUUGGUUAUUGUCCAAAAAUAUUUUACCCAAAAAAAUCUAAAAAUCUUUUAAUGGAAAAGUUAGUGACACAAUGUCAGCAUUUUAACAUUCCUUUUGUUGAUAAAAUAGAAGAUCAAAACAAAUUUGUUCUUAUUAUUGAUGCUAUAUUUGGUUUUAGUUUUAAACCACCAUUGCGUGAACCAUAUGAAGAGAUUUUGAAAAAUUUAGAAAAAACUAAUACUUGUAUAGCCUCAAUCGAUAUUCCAUCAGGAUGGGAUGUAGAAACAGGACCUUUAUCAGGUGAUGUUCCUGUCAUUCAACCUGAUCUGUUAAUUUCUUUGACAGCCCCGAAAUUAUGUUCUAAGUUUUUCAAAGGUACAGGACAUUAUCUUGGUGGAAGAUUUGUCCCACAAUCAUUAUCCGAUAAAUAUCAAUUAAAUUUACCAAAGUAUCAAAAAACAGAAGGUAUUUUAAAACUUAAUUUAUAA